AUGGUGGAUACUUUAUCAUCUGUAGAUUGAUCUUUCAAAGCAUUUGAAGAAGUUCUUAAAAAGUUAAACACAAAGCAUACUCCGACAUCGAAAAGGCUUGCGAUUCUCCCUAAAUUUGUUCCUCAAGAAAAAGCUAAACACCCUCUGUGAGCAAAUCAAAAUUUUAUUCACUAAUAGAGGAGUUUAUUUUAUUUUUUUUAUAAAUUUUAUAGUGAUUUUUUUUGAAAUUCAAGCCUUUACAAAGCAAAAAUUUUAAAUUUAUAUUUUAAAAUGAAACUCUUUAAAAUUUAAUAGAAUUUACUCUCCCAAAGAUUGAAUAAACUGAUUCAAAAUUCCAUCGCCACAGCUUUUGACAAAACUCCAGAACUAGCCGUAGCUCUAGCGAGACAGCUUGCACCCAUCCUAAUACCAUAGAUCCCAUUUCUGCUUCAUGCAAUUCCCCAAGGCCUAUAUUUGGGAGGUUUGCCGCAAGAGAGACUUCCCAGGCUGCGAUGAUUCAAGCUGUACACUCUUCUUGUAUAAAAAAAAAAUUUGCCAACUCCAAGAUCGCCCAGUUGACUAGGUGACGCACUAUAUUUCUCACUAAGCUACAAUUAUUAACUCGCAAUCAAAUAGGUAUUUUUCAAUGGCUUUGUUCUCUCACGGAUGAGAGCGUAAGCAUAUCUUUUUAACUUAUAGCAUGAACCAAGUUAGUUUGGCUGUUUUUAUAACUUUCACAAACUAUAUCAUCUAUAUAUCAACUAUGUCAAAAUUUCUCAAGCCUGAAGCAGAGUAUUCACAGCUUUGUAAUCAAUUCAAUAAAAUUAAUUCCCAAUGAGAGAAUUUUUCUUUAUUACUCGUCCCUUCAAUUGCAAAGUCAGGAGCCGAAGCUAAUAAACUUAAUGAGUCCUACGAAAACUGCAAUAUUUUACUAAUAUCAAGAAUUAUUUAUUUGCCAUCAUACGAAAAAAUAAAAACAAAGCUGGCUGAUGAAAUAUGAACAACUCUAUUGACUGGAAUUGACGUGUUUAUUAGGAAUUAUACCUUUUUUAAAGAAGCCAAAGAGUCAUUGUAUUUAUUAAAAUUUGGCGACACAAAGAACAUUGACGUUAGGAAGGCCCAUGCCCUUCUAAAAGAAGGAAUCAAAGCUCUUGGUUUCGAAAAUAUUAAAGAUAGCAAUGAAAAUGGGAAAUUUAUUCUAUUGAUAGCUAUUAAUGACACAGGAGAUAGCUCUGAAAAAUGAGGAACAUUUCCAGUUGUUUUUGAAACAAAAAGCGGAGUUAUUGAAAUAAGACUUGUAUUUUCUAUAGAUGCAAAGGUUGUUACUUUUGACCAAGGGGAGCACUAUGAUGCGAUUAUUGAAUUCAUUUCACUUGUAAAUAGCGAGCUUAAAUGCGGACAAUUUUUUAUUGACUUUAAAAGAUGACAAGUUGGAAUAAAACUUUCUUUUUGCUAUAUAGGGUAUGAAGAAAAAAGCAUUAUAAGCAUUCCUCAAGAGAUGAUAUCAAGUACAAUUAGCUCAUAUAAAUCGUAUGGGAGAGGCCUGCACAAAAUUUACUAUGAAAAAAGCAGGCUUGAUAUCAAAGAAUUAUUUAAUUUUUGCAAAAAGAGGUACAUGCAUAAAACUUUUACGCGAUUUGUAAUAGAUGGAGACACAGAAGACGAAAGGGAAAGAAAAAAUGCUAAAUAUAUUGAAAAAAUUUGAAAUUUUGGCAAUGUGGAGGAAUAUAAUAGGGAGAAAAAAAUUUAUGCAGCAAUUGUUAAGCAAGAUUUUCUUAGAGAUGCAAUCGAAGGAAAUCAAGCAGUUUUUGAUGACAGCAGUAAAACUGUAAAAUAUAGAUUUAUUGACCCAGUGCCUUUACCUGAAGCCGUCAGGAGAAAAUCAAAUUUUAAGGUUGAAGGGAUGAUUGAGAUGUUAUUCAAUGAAUUAUACACAGCAAAGCUUACAUUUAUAAAAGAGCCCUAUCGAUAUUUAGGCACUUUCAUGAAAACAUUAAAAAUUAAGCCAGAUUCACCUUUGCAAUCUUUAUUUGGAAAAAGACCACAUAAAGAAGACAUAGUUCAAUAUUUAGGGAAAUGGUUUACGAGUUUUGCAGAUUAUCUUCAACAUGAGCUUGAAAAUAAUUCUUAUUAUUUAACAGACAUCGAUUACAUAAAUAUAGAAUAUUCUGGACCUCCAGUUAUUGCUAGAAAUGAAGAGGAAGAUAUCAAGACGCUUGAAUGCACCAUAUUUGUAGCAGAGCUUAGAGAAAUGAAUAAUAGAAGGGAAUACUUUGAUUUAUACAUAAAGUAUACCGCCACUCAGCAUGACAACAUUAAUAUGUGCUAUGGAAUUUGCAAGUACAGAAACAAACAAUAUCUAGUUGUGCAGUACCAGGAAUUGUUUUUAUUCAAAUUAUCACAAGAAAUAAAGCAAGAUAUGUUUUUAAUUAUCGACAUAAUUGAAUUGCUAUCUAAAGUCAAGUCAUAUUGUACUGCAAAAAAUCAAAAUUUACAAUCUAUAACCCCUUAUUUGGUGAAAAUUAACAAAAAAACUUAUAUGUUUGUAUUAGAUUAUUGCUUAUUUGACGAAAUUCCUGUUUCUUGGAAAGCUCCAGAGGAAAUAACGAAUCAAUAUUGCAAUGAGCCUAAAAGUUUUGCAUUUAAUGUAAGCUUAUUUAUAUACUACUUGUUAAAAGGAAAAAAUUUUUAUGAAGAAAUUGCUUCAGAGGAACUCAAAAAUGAUUAUAUAGACUCAAAAAUAUGGCGUCUUCGUCUAGGUAUGGCCUCACGGCCAUACAGCCUCCAACUCAUAUUUUAAUUAUAUCCGGCAAGGUUUUUCCCAGCCUUGAAAUAGACAGCAAUGCUAGGCAACUAAUUCUGCAGGAGCGCAGAAUCUAGCCCAAGUCUAAUUUCGAAGACUGGUUUUUACCUCGAAGGAAAGGGGGGUACAGAUUUGGAAAGGGCAAGCCCAGCAGGUCUACAGGUAAUACCUAGACCAAUCGGGCAACUGCCUACCGUGAAACUGGGCGUUACGUCCCAGGAUCUGGACUUAACCCUUUUGCCGACACUACCAGAAAUUCCAUUUUUUGGAAUUUCGGAAUGCCAACUUCGUCUACUACAGCCUCAGGAGGCCGCAUAAACCCGUAGUCUGCCCACUCAACACUGGAGCCUUUUACAAGAGGCAAGAAGGAGGCCCCAGUACUCUCAUUAUAUGUGAGAGGGAGGUCGCAAAGUGGAUGAAUCCCACAAGGGAUCCUCGGUGAUUGCGUUAAAAUUAAGGACACGAGCCCGUCUGUCUCAGUUAAGUUAAGAUUAUAUAGACUCAAAAAAUAUGUCGAGAGAAAUGAAGCAGAAAUUAAAAGAUGAAGCUAUCUGCAAUAUUAUAAAAAAUAAAAUGGAUUGCAAAAUAUUACUCAAUGUGGAUGAAAAGUUAGAAUAUCAAAAUCCUGAAGUUGUGGAUUUAAUGAGAGAAUGCUUUAAAUUUAAUCCAAAUUACCGCCCUUCGCAUGUGUUGAUCUUAGCGAGGAUCAAAGAAAUGCGGUCAUUAUUAUUUACUAACUCCCCCUCUGUGAGUGCGCAUAAAAAUUUGUUUGCUUACGGAGGGGUAAAUUUUUGUUUUGAAAAAAUUUAUAUAUAAAUUUUAUUAUAAUUUUUUCUUAGAAAUUUAAAAGAUUCUAAUACAAAAAAUUGAGAAGUAAAAAUAGCUAGAGAUUUCAUAUAAUAAUUACCACUUAUAUAUCUCAUGGAAGGGGGAGUAAGGAAGAUAGAACUAAUACUGCGCCUGUGGAAGUGUGAAAAGAAAAGCUGAAAGAAUUUGUGACACAAAUUCUAAAUGAGCCUGAUAAUACUUAA